GGGAUCGGUAUUCCUUUGACCUUUGACUCCUCUUGAUAUUAGUGUUGAUUGUCAAAACUGUAAAUGUAAUCUAGAGUGCUACCACCUACCAAAAAGUUAUACAGAGUAAAAACGAGUAGAACAAGAUGCCACGGACCAGAGACAAGGUUUUGCUUGGUCUAGGAGGAGUAGCGGGUUUGUCGGUGGCAGCUUGGCAAACCAUGUUCCCUUGGCUAAAAUAUGACUUGGACUUUAUGAGAGUUGGGAAAAAGAUUGGCCAACAUAUGAGCAAGGAUAUAGAGAUAAAAAGAUAUAUCAUUGAAAUGUUUGAAGAGACUGUUGCUAGAUGUCCGAAGAAAACCAUGAUCAUUUUCGAAGACAGAGAAUAUACUUAUGAGUUCAUGAAUGAACAAGCUAAAAAGGUGGCUAAUAUCGCAUAUGAGUGGAAGUUCAAGGUUGGAGAGACAAUUGCAAUAAUCAUUCAGAACCAUCCAUCAUUUGUGUGGACAUUUUUAGGUCUCCAAAAAGUUGGUUUAGGUGUUGCUUUCAUAAAUUAUCACAACAGAAGUAAACCUCUGCUUCACACCAUAAAAGUUAGCAAGGCAAAAGCAGUGAUUGUUGGACCAGAGGAUGAGCUGUUCCAUGCCGUUGAAGAGAUUCGCCCAGAAUUAGACAUUCCUUUGUAUCUGUACGGCAAAUCCACAGCUAAUGUUCCGGAGGGCUACAUCUCGUGGGACGACCUGAUGCUGAAUUCUCCAGCCGCAGAUAUAAGCAAAAGUCUCAGAAGCAGUUUCACUCUGGUGACUCCGUGCAUUUACAUCUUCACUUCAGGAACAACAGGCUUACCUAAGCCAGCCAUCGUAAAUCAAGGGAAAGCAAUUGGCUUCUCCAAGUUUCUGCUGUUCUCGGAGAUGACCCCAGAGGACAGAGUGUACAGCACAACGCCACUGUACCACAGUGCUGCCACACUUGCUCUGUUCAGUGUGAUGGCAUUAGGUGGUACAAUGGUUCUUCGGGUCAAGUUUUCUGCAUCCCAUUAUUUUGAAGAUUGUAGGAGACACAAAGUCACUAUAGCGCAGUACAUAGGAGAGCUUGCCAGAUAUCUUUUGCAUGUACCCGAGAGGCCUGAGGAUGGUAAUCAUAACAUAAGGGCCAUGAUAGGAAAUGGACUCCGUGCAGAUAUAUGGGAGGCAUUCCAGAAGAGAUACAAAAUUCCAAAGAUAGUGGAGUUUUUCGGAGCCACAGAAGGAACAGCAGCUUUUGUAAACACAUGGGGGCGUGUUGGAUCCUGUGGACGAUUGUCUCCAUUUCUGAACAAGAUUAGUCCAACCAAAUCCUAUAUUGUACGCUACGACCCCAGAACAGAUGCUCCUCUGCGGAACAAAGAAGGAAGAUGUAUUCUUUGCAAAAUAGGAGAACCAGGGCUUAUGAUUGGAGGAAUACCAAACCCUGCACUCUAUGCAGAAGGUUUUUACCUGGGAGGUAAAGAGAUAAACGAAAAGAAGUAUGUCAGGAAUGCCUUUGUGGAGGGGGAUGCUUACUUCAACUUUGGUGAUUUAAUGUACUACGAUAAAGAUUACUUCAUCUAUUUUAAAGACCGAUUGGGAGAUACUUUCAGAUGGAAAGGUGAAAAUGUUUCCACAAAUGAGGUAGCCAAUGUGCUGACUGCACUUCCAUUUAUACAGGAUGCCAACGUGUAUGGAGUGGAGGUACCAGGUGCGGAUGGUCGGGCAGGCAUGGCUGCUAUACUGCUGAAGGACACGGUGGAGUUCCACACCGACCUACUGCCCCAGAUCUUCCACCACUGUGAGGAGAACCUGCCCGUGUAUGCUCGUCCUCUGUUCCUCCGAUUCAUCAAGGAAAUGCCCCUGACCACCACCCACAAACAGAAGAAGGUGCAAUAUGUCAAGGAGGGAUUUAAUCCAGCCAUCAUUAGUGAUCCUCUUUUCCGUGUUUCUGCUGAAACUAAAACCUACAUCCCACUCACAACAGAAAAUGUGAGCCAGUUUAUGGCCAAAUCACGACUGUAGGGCAGAGAUUAUACAUUGCUCAUAGAGUGCGUGUUCGAUGUAUCUUGACAAAAGCUCAAUCCAAACCUGGUUUAUUAAUUUUGUUUUGUACCUUCGAGUAUAGUUUACUUUUUUAUGAACUACAUGAUGAAGAAACUAUUUAUAGUGAAUGCAGAGGGACAGAGAUAGACACCAUAGACUGAGUGUUUAAACUAUGCAAUCAGUUUUUACUUGUACUAUAUACAUUUUUUUCCAUUGAAACUAGGUUUUUGAUGCACUUAUAAAGGGUUUUUUGAAGAUUAUUAAAAAUCUUGAUACUACAUACAUAUACACUGCAUCAUAGCCGCAUAUUUUUGCACAAACCUGAGGUGCUGUUAAAAUUUGAUUAUGCCUUGUUGUUAUAUGAUAAUAUUAAUUUUUAUCAUGAUUUUUAACUCAAUUUUAUAAAUUGAGGUAUGCAAAUACAGAUAAUCUUUGUGAUUUUUUUUAACUACUCAGGUCUAUAAAAUAUGAUUUUAUUUUUAACUAUUGAUUCGAUUUUUUUUCUUCAAUUUAUGAAUGAUUUAAACACCAUAAAACAAGGAUGCUAUAGAUGUACUAUAUGUGCAUUGACUUGAAUGUUAAUAUACUUCUGACAUAAUUUUAACUAUAUAGAUACAUUUAUUAUAUUUAUUACCAGUCAAUAAACUCGUAAAAUAUAAGUGUUCUAGGACAGACAUUGGAACACCGGCCCUCCUAUGAUUUACCAUGCAUUAGAACAGAAUUGACAAUUCUUUAAAAUAUUAAGUUACCCUAAAAUGUUACUGAAACAUGAUUAUGAUAUUGCUGAUUUUGAACCAUGAUUCAUUCACCAUCUUGUGUGGUGUAUGGUACUAUUUGUAACCUUUUUGCCAUUGUUAGUGAUUUCGUUGUCCACUUGAGGUUGAUUUACACUGUACAUGUAGUUUAUCUACCAUUGCAAAUGUCAUUCUGUUGAUUCAAUUAUGAUUUACAUGUACCGGUGUAUUAUUAUUGUUAUGAAUAAUAUUGUUUAAUGUUUAAAUAAAAUCACUGCUAUUGAAUAA